GACAAAGGGGCAUCACCACACGACAUCUUGCAGUUCGUCGCCAACCGCAGUUCAUAGCUCGGUCUGCUCUGCUUGACUACAAGCCUACGGCACCAGUCUGAGGUCCUCAACACCCUCGACCUUUCCUCUUGUACACCUCGUUGUGGUGAUGUGAGAGCAUCAUCAUGGCUAUCCACUACCUCAUUCUUCUUUCUCGCCAGGGCAAAGUGCGCCUUGCGAAGUGGUUCACCACCCUGUCGCCGAGGGAGAAGGCCAAGAUUGUCAAGGACGUCUCCCAGCUGGUUCUCGCCCGUAGAACCCGUAUGUGCAACUUCCUCGAGUACAAGGAUUCAAAGAUUGUUUACCGCAGAUAUGCCUCGCUAUUCUUCAUCGCCGGCGCCGCCUCGGAAGACAAUGAGCUGAUCACCCUCGAAAUCAUCCACCGCUACGUCGAGCAGAUGGACAAGUACUACGGCAACGUCUGCGAGCUUGAUAUCAUCUUCUCGUUCACAAAAGCCUAUUACAUUUUGGAUGAGCUGCUAUUGGCCGGGGAACUGCAAGAAAGCAGUAAAAAGAAUGUCCUGCGCUGUAUAUCACAACAGGACUCGCUCGAAGACAUGGAGGAAACGGAAGCGGUCACGUCGUCUCUCAAGAAAAGCGGUAUUCUCUGAGAAAAAGGUCCAAUUGGCCGGUGACGGGCACCAGGCAGAUGCAUGACAUGCCAGGAGAACAAGCGGCUGAUGCGCAACGAAGAAGAC